CCUCCCUCCGACCCCCCCCCCCCUCCCCCCAACUCCGAGACCGAGGCGGCCAGAGAGGUCCACAUCUGUGAUCACUGUUGAUUCACCCACUGUUACCUACAAGACACUGGAUCAUGGAUACUGGUGUAGAAGGAGGAUUGAAUGUCACCCUAACUCUCCGACUGUUGAUGCAUGGCAAGGAGGUGGGCAGCAUUAUUGGAAAGAAAGGAGAGACUGUCAAGAAGAUGCGUGAGGAGAGUGGAGCGCGUAUCAAUAUCUCUGAAGGCAAUUGCCCUGAGCGUAUUGUCACGCUGUCCGGGCCCACCAGUGCAAUCUUCAAGGCGUUCGCGAUGAUCACGCACAAGUUGGAAGAGGAUAUAAACAGUGCGAUGGCCAACAGCACUGCCUCCAGUCAGCCUCCCGUUACCCUUCGUAUUGUCAUUCCUGCCAGUCAGUGUGGCUCUCUGAUAGGAAAAGGAGGCUGCAAGAUCAAGGAGAUUCGCGAGUCGACAGGGGCCCAGGUCCAGGUGGCUGGAGACAUGUUGCCCAACUCGACAGAGCGAGCGAUCACCAUCGCCGGGACCCCGCCCUCCAUCAUUGAGUGUGCCAAGCAGAUCUGCGUCGUCAUUCUUGAGCAGUCUGCUCCGAAGGGUAUCACUGUCCCGUAUCGCCCCAAGCCUGUCUCUGCUCCAGUCAUCUUUGCCGGAGGUCAGGCGUACACGAUCCAGGGACAGUUCGCCAUCCCACAUCCCGAUCUCACCAAGCUACACCAGCUGGCCAUGCAGCAGACGCCGUUCACCCCUGUGGGACAAACCAGUCCGGGCUACUCAGGUUUGGAUUCUUCACAGACAAGUUCCCAUGAAAUCGCCAUUCCAAAUGAUUUAAUUGGAUGCAUCAUUGGAAGACAGGGCAGCAAGAUUAACGAAAUCCGACAGAUGUCUGGAGCUCAGAUAAAGAUCUCCAAUCCAGCCGAGGGAUCGACUGAUCGACAGAUCACCAUUACUGGCUCCCCGGCCAACAUUAGCCUGGCUCAGUACCUCAUUAACGCAAGUUUAGAAAGUGCUAAGUCCAGCUGCCAGAAAGGCUCAGUUGCCGCCCCUGACCUCGACACCCCUUCCUCCACCCCUGCGUCGAUCCCUGACCUGCCGGGCAGCCUCCCUACCCCUCUAUCGAACAGCCCUUAUGUCUCCGGUCUGAUUGGCAUGAAACCUGUCCCGCUGCUGGCGCUGAAUGUGGUGCCUUCCAAGGGGUCGGCGGGCAGUGUGACUGACAAAGUGGGCACAGGUAGCCAGAUCCUAAAGAAAUCGGAGAAGCAGCGGUUCUCCCCGUACUGACAGCCGGAUUUUUGAUGUUGUUGGGGGCGGGG